GAGUUCGCGGCCCGCUUGUGCCUGCAUCCUUGAGUUCGUAGAAUCAACUCCAAUCCUUUACCGGUACACCUGGUCUUGUCUUGGGCCGGUCGGUUGGCAGCCAUGGACAUUCUCGGCGGACACCGCAUCGCGUUCAAUAACCUGGGAGUGCAGCUAUUUGCGGAUCUCGAGAGGGACCUGGCUCUCACGUUAACAAAGGGUGAGAUUCAGCUAUUGUUAUUACUGGUGAUUGAGGUUAGGUCUGAUAAUUCUCUGUUUUCCAUUAUAGGACUGAGCGAAAAGGCAGAUCUAGAGAGGGUAAUUGCGGAGCAGAAGGAGCUUUUACGGGAGAGGCAAGCUUUGGUGCGCACCCCGAACCCGCGCACCGGCAUCGCCUUGGCCAUUCUCUGACGCUUUGAGUUCGUUAGAUUGAUGCACACGAGAGCACUAGCGAGCAGCAGCAGCGGAAGAUUCGGGAACAAGAGAGCCAGCUACGGUAUCUGGGCUAUGGGAUAGCCAGAACAGGAAUUGAGAGCGAAGCUCUGGCGACAAGACCCGAAGGGAUUGGAAAGGCCGAUAGAGGGCGUCAACGCAGAGCGUAUGCUUGUUUCCUUGAGUGAAGAUUCUCUUUAAAUUGAAGUUAACCCGUUAAAAUAGGCUAGCUAUCACCGAGGACAAAUCCCUGGAAAACAAGGAGAAUAUACCACCUGUUUUUGAUUAUCUUGCACUAGACACCCCGGGCCCAACCCUCACACGGCCAGUGUCCACACCUCCAAAGCCUCUAAAUAAGCCACGGAUACAAUCGGGCAUUCUAGUAGACGAAGCCACACGCACACUAUCCUCCUACAAAGACGGUGAAGUUCAGACGGAUUCCAUUCACUCGUUGGACGAUCUAAAGGAGGCAUAUCAGGAGCUCGCUUCUAGCUACAAUGAUAUUCGUUAUGAGCUCGAUCAAUACAAAGAGGCAUAUAGUCGUCUGGCUGAGAAAUAUACGCAGAAUAAGGCUGUUUGGAAACAGUGGUCUGAGCAAGAAAAUGCUCGAUUGGUUAAUUCAAAGAAGAGAAGGCUGGAGGGAGGUACUACCGAGCCACGGGCUGUGGGACGGAAGUUUAACGGUUAUACAACCCCAGCUACAUCAAUAGCUGGAGGCUCGCCUACUCCUAGGGCGCCAAACAUAUCCCCCAUCAAACCGCGAUUCCGACCCUCUGUCAUCCAUUCCUCACCUAAAAAGGGAGGACUAUUUCCCGAACUUCUAGAGUCUGGUGCUGGCGUGGCGGAGGGGAUGAAAGGGUCUUUUGAGAUUAUCGGUGAGAACAACUUGGCAGGAGGUGACCCCAAAGACGACCUAGGAGAGCUGCCUUCUUCGCCUCUCAGUAGCCCUCCGUCAUCAUCUUUAUCCAUCCCGGAGACUCAGGCACUAUCAAGCACUAUUGGAGUUACCCAGAAUUCUAAAACGCGCGAUGGUGGCGACUCGACAGAGAGUGAUGACGACCCUAGACCCAGCGGUCAUUAUGGUGACGCGCCCAAAGAGCCUGUACUGCCUUCCCGGGACUCUGUUUUCAAAGUCCCUGUGAUUAAGAAGGAGGCAGGCGCCUGCAGUCGUGGACGUACCAGCCAGGAGGGUGAUAGUGCGGCACGGCCUGUAAUUAUCAAAAGUGAGUCCCACACAAGUAGUGAGGGUUUUGGCUACCAUAUCUUUGAUCAAGAGAGUCUUGAUUUGGAUGAUAUCGGACAAAAACCUCAAACACCCCGAAAACGCCAGAAGCCUCACCACCCUGAGCUAGAAACGACGGAGAAUAUCGGUAGGCCCGGCUGGAUUAGCGGCGGGUUCAGAAUCACCCCCACCGAGGAUACCCGGGACACGCAGGAUGCUGAAGACGACUCACCAGCAUCUGCCCUCCCUCCCCCCACGGUUAGUGAAGGAAAGCCUGUGGACACAUGGUCAGGCUCUCAGCUAGCGCGGCCAACGACUCCGGUGGGAGUGGCCAAGGCCGAACCUAGAAGUAGUCCACCAUUUUCUGUUGAAAACAGGAGUAACAAAACUCCCCCACCUCUUAGGCGAUCCAGCCGAACGAAUGCUGCUCGAAAGACCCUUUCACCAAUUACCAAAGAGAAGAAGCUCAAUGCGCACUCGCUGCCAAAGGCGAGAAAGCGCCGCAUAGCAACGCCCAGGGCUAUAGCUAGUUUCGCUGAAGAUGGUACGGAUGGAUGCGAGGACAUAAACCCCGCUUCCAUUCAUCCACCGAUGGUGCUGUCGGAAAUGCAAUGGAAGCAACUUGAAAGAGGUAUGAAAGGCACAACUCGGCUCGAUGAUAUAUUAAAUUCGCCUCCGUCCCGAACGCCAAACCUGUCGCGUCUUAAGAAGAACAUGCAGUCGAGAACGUCUCCGGCUAAGAAACGAACUUGGGGUGGUGACGGGUUCGAGGUACCCCAAGUUCGGUCCCCGAGUAGUGCUGGCCCGUCUACCCCUGCACGACGUGCAGGAGGAAAUACAAAAUCAAAGGCGCGCGAUAUAAGUACGUUGGAUAUUUCUGAUUUCCGAGUCAACCCUCAAGUGAAUGAUGGCAAAGACUAUGCAUUCGCAGAAACAGUCAGGAAUCGUGAAGCAAGGAAAUGCUUACCAGGGUGCAUGAAGACCUGCUGUAGGGAUCUUGUAGGCUUCACGGAAGCUGCCGGACUACCUGCUGCGAGCAAGGGCCCUAGGUGGAGAUCUAGUUCGCCCGCCUCCGUCGGAGACUCUGAGCUGCCAAGAAGGAGCCCGAGGAAGGAACCGGUGAAUAAGGAGGACAAAGCCAAGGAGUUUACGAACAGGUAUGGAAGGCACCGGGAUGCAUUCGAGAGACGUAGAAGCCCUCCUGGUUUCUGGGAUGCGGAUUUUCCAACAACACAAGAGUUGGAACAGCGGCGGGUAGCCGCCGAAGAAAUGAGAAGGAAGAGGGUGGAAGAUAUGAGAAAAGAGGCGCAGAGGGGCAGUAAGGGCAGAUUUGUUUAUCGAGACUGAGGUCAUCGUUUUUGCUUUCUUUCGUGCCCGUACAAUUUGCUGAUACGUUGGCUAUGCUGCAUUUAUCUGUGUCACUACCGGCGAUUUUUCAGGGAAGGUAACUUGACUUUAUUUACGGGGUACAAAAAUCAUGAGACGUUUUUCAAGUGCCCACGUAUCACAAAUGUAUCAUUUUUCUAAUAUACUUCAGAGAGCUCUUAUGCUAGUACAGUACCACCUUCUACAGUUGCCCCUAGAGUCUACCAUAUGCUAUCCUUGUCUAGGAUAGUUUCUGUGAUUUAGUACGAAGCCCUACUUAUAGCCUGGACAGCUCCCAUUGGGCAGAGAAGGUAGACAUGUAUGACAGCAUGCUACCACAGGCUAUAAAUUAUCCUCCGGGCCGAUACGAGCCCCAGAUCCCAGAAUACCGGUAUAAGAGUAGCUACCACUCCCGCGCUAUCAAGCCGCCCACCCCUGACCGCGAUGCUCUGGCAUGCGCCCUCGGGCAACCGGGAAACAACUGAACACCCACCCCUCCGUAGCCAAAGGAGG